GAACCGAUAGCAACGGAUACACAUCUUCAAGUAACACCGCGAUAGUUUUCUGCGCCGCUAUUCAUCUCUUGUCCUUCCGAAAUAAAAGUUGGAUGCGCCAUCCAUUAUAAUCGGCACUCCGUCUCGAAGGACCAACCAAACCGGCCACCCUAUCGGCUCGUCUUCAUCCUCGAGAUGCUCAAGUUGAAGCCGCCUCCAUCGCCGUCUUCAUCAACAACUUGAGCCACAACAUCGGACAGCUGCGCCGCCCUGCCAUCCAAAACCAACGGCUUAAUGCCGCGGGCCGACCCCCUGCGGCACCCGCCGCUCGCCUAUGUCUUCGACCAUCCAACCAACCCUGCCGUCGAGUCCUGGCUAGACACCCUCCCGCCCUUAGCCAAAGAGCCCUGCCGCCGGGACAUCAAACAAUGGCGCCGCGCGCGAGGCGGCGAAUCAUCAGGCCACAGGACCUGGUUCAUCUUCUCCAUCAUCAUUCGCGCCAUCUCGAUGGUUGUUGCGAUCAUCGCGUGGAGUCUGAACGUGGCGGUGUUUGUUGAAAGCCGACUGUACCGGGGAGGAGUUCCGGGGAGGAUGAUUGCUGUGCUUGUGGUGGCACCCGUUAUCAUCACUUGGAACACAGCGGAGUUCAUCGCAAUUUGUGUCCGAAAAUCGAGCGGGAUACCAGCCGUGUAUCAUGUCUGGGCGGAUGGGAUAUUGUUUGCGGGCAUCGCUACCACCACGGGAAUUGUGCUGGUCAAUUUGAUCAUUGGAAUCGCAACGUUUGGGCCGGCGUAUGAUGAGCCGUUGGGAAAGGGCAUUGUGGAGGUUGCGAUGCUGCUUCUACUGAUGCUCCUCCACUGCUUCCUCUUCUUCAACUACUUCUGCCACAAGCUAGACAGACACGACCCAGGACCGUUUGUCAAGACGACCGGCCUAUCAUUGGGCGAUCGGGAAGCCGCAACACUUGAGGGGGGAUUACCUACAACACAGCCCGAGCCACCAUUCCGCUACAAGUCGUACGAACAUUACGCCAAGGAGGACAAGGAGAUCACGAGUGUCGGACAAAGGCCCGACGGAGGAUUUGUAAUCGACAAGGGUGUUGAAGACAUGGAGCAGACCGUCGGGGCGAGUACUACGAUAGCAGCUAGGCAGUCUGAGGAUCAGAUACGGUAUGAGAUACCGGUGCUGCCAUCGGUGUUUCCUCCACAGAAGUCCGAAACGUGUAUAUGAGGCAGGAUAUUGGCUGCAUUGUCAUGGAAUGAUGGACAUGAAGCGCAGAGAAGGACAAGAGUUGGAUAUACUACAAUGAUGACCGUAAUGACAG